AUGUUGGUAAUACAAGUUUGUUUCAAGAUAAACGUGGAAAAAGAUGAAGUGCUGCUAACGGAUAAUUUGCAUCAGGGCUUUGUUGAGCUAUGUAACGAUGGUGAAGCAAGCUUAUUGCGAAUAUUUUAUUUGGAAGAUGGAGAAGGACGUCUGGAAAGGGAAUGUACACAAAUAAGUGGUCUUGAACGAGCGGAAGAUUGCAGUAGUUUGAUAUUUCGGAUUUGCAAACUUAAAUCGGGCAUUGAUUGCAAUGAGUAUGUGUUCAUAAAGCCUGAAAGAUUUAAGGAUUGUCAUACAAUUUAUUACGCUUUUCGUUAUCUUCAGCAGAAACGUAUAGUUCAACAGCAAUCAGCAAUUCAAAAACGGACACUGGUCAAGAAAUUGUCAACAUUCCAGCAGAUAAGUGUGAAACAUCAAGCUUAUGUUGCCAGUAACUUGACAGAAUGGAAGAAUAACGAAAAGGUCGUCCCGUUGCGUGUGAAAAACGGGAAUCAAAAAAGAAAACCAGUUACUUCUACUGACAUUUACCUGGGUUCUCCCAAUAAAAGACUUGUUCAUAAACCUGAGAAAAAAGCCAACGGUGUUUUGCGAGAUCCUUUUACCAAACAACAUUCUGAUGAACUCUUGAAGGAAGAAAACAGAAUAUUAGAAAUAAACAGUGUAAUUACAAAAAGAUAUAGCCCGAAAAAGAAAAUUACUAAUUUGGACGAUACUUUCUUAUGCACCCAUGGCAAACAAUCUGCACCUGAUCUUUCAACCAAUUUCGAGCGUUUAUCGGCAGGAACAGAUGCUGUUUCACCGAAAGGGUUCUUGAAUCUUGGAAACUCAUGUUAUAUGAAUGCUGUAUUACAAGGAUUAUUUCAUGUUGAGGCUUUUAAAGAUCUUUUAAAUAUCGUGCCCGAAUCAUCGCAAGGCACCAUCCUGAGCGCUUUAAAAGCACUGCGGAAAAAUUAUCAAAGAGCGGCCAAUGCAAAGAAGCGGUGUUUGCUGGAAAACGAUGCACAAGAGUUUUUAACUAUUAUAUUGGAAAAAAUUGAUUCCGAGCUAGAAUCACUUGCAAACAAUAAGGAUGCCGAAGGAAACUAUCUAUCCGAUUCAGUGAUAUCUCUUUCGUCAAUUUUUGGUUUUGAAUUAAAACAUGAAAUUACUUGCAAUAAAUGUAGCACCGAACAAGUAAUGUAUGAAAAAGGAGUGUUUUUACCGAUACAAAUUGUGUAUGAUAUGAACAAGGAUCCACCAUCACUGCAGAUGUUGCUGGAGAAUUGUUUAAAAAAUGAAAUGGUUGAACAUAUUUGUCCUCAGUGCAAUGAAAAAUACGCUACUAUGAGUCAUGAAUUUCGAAGUCUUUCAAAAUGCCUGAUCAUCUUUCUGAAGCGUUAUGAUUUCAAGCAGUCAAUAUCAAGAAGAGGACAAAAGAAAUUGAAAGAUGCAGUGAAUCUCUCAAUGCGCAUUCGUUUAAUUUCUUAUAACAGAAAACAAUCUGAUCUUGAAAAUUGUUUUAGCAGCCUUCUUCCAGUUAACAGUACUAUUAGCGAUGACCAACUGUCUUUUGUUUUGGAAACGCCCCCGAAUAAAUUAGUUCCAAGUGGUUCCAGCAGCUCAGAAAAUUUAAAGGAUGUUAAACAAGCCGUUCAGAAAGAUAUAUCGAAAACAGUUCAAGAAAUUAAUGAUUGUGGUGAUGAAAAGUUUGGGAAAAAAAUAAAACAGCCCACAAAAUCCUCAGUCAUUGUUUAUGAUCCUAAUGCUGACGAGAGGCUUGAUUAUUUGACAUUAUUCUGUUUACCCCGACCUGAUUUUCGUGAACGUAGCUGUGCUGAAUUAAAUAUCCGCUGUCGUUCUUCAGAAGUUCGGCAAGAACCAAAACCUCUUUUCUGUAAAAGUGUACCUUCAAACAUUGUACCUGUUAUAGCAGAUGGAAACUGUCUCUUUCGUUCGAUAGCGCUUUAUUUAUCAGGAAGUGAUGAGGAGCACUUGAUCGUUAGGAAAAAUGUGGUGAGAUUUGAAGAGAAGUACGAUGAUCAACUUCGCGAAGUGAAUAACUUUUCGCUAGCUGAUUGGAAGAAACAUAUCAAGAAAAUGACAAAUGAUGGUGAAUGGGCGACAGAAAUCGAGCUUCUUGCUCUUGCCGCUUUAUUAGAUGCUGAAAUUUGGACAUUUUUGAAUGGUAAAUGGCUUCGGUACAGGCCACUAUAUACAGUUGGAAAGGAUGGCAAAUCUCAUAAAUUGCCGAUUCAAAAAUAUGAUGAUAGCAGAAAGGAUGCCAUUUUCCUCAUUAAUGAAAAUUUUCAUUACAAACCAGUUCUUGACAUUAUUUCGAAUGGUGCAAUAUGUGAUUAUCACCUUGCUGCAGUUAUCAGUCAUAAAGGGAUUGGUCCAAAUAGCGGACAUUAUGUAUGUGAUGUAAAGAACCUAAACAGAAAUAUCUGGAUGCAUUUCGAUGAUAAUCACGUUGAAGAAAGAGCAGAAGCAGAGGUUAUUUCUGAAUGUGUCGAAGAUGGCUACAUAUUCUUUUAUGUCGUUGGUAUCCUUUUUUAA